UUCAAAUAUUUUAUAAUAAUGGAUUCUUCAAAUCAACACCCAACUCUUUAUGAAUUUUUAUUAGAAGCUGAAUUAUCUCACUAUUUUAAUUCAUUCAGAAGUGAAUUAAAAAUUAAUUCUGUGGCUCAGAUAAAAUAUGUUGAGGAAGAAGAUUUAUUGCAUCUAGGAAUGAGCAAACCAGAACAAAGAAGACUUAAGAAAUUUUUUCACAAAUAUUAUCCACAGACAUAUCUUAAAAAGAUUAAAAAGAUGAUUCUUUCAAAAAAUAAAGAUGAUGCAGAUCGUGUAUCUGUUUUAGAAAAUGAUUCCUUGGAAAGACCAAAUAUAAAAGUUCCAAGUAAACAUAUAAUAUCUAUGGAUAAUAUAUCUUUAAAUAAAGAAUUGGGUGUUGGAGAAUUUGGAGUUGUUCAGCAAGGAAUUUGGACCAAUGAAGAUGGUGAAAGAAUACAAGUUGCCAUUAAAUGUCUUUGCAAGGAAAGAAUGCAGAAUAAUAAUAUGGAAUUCUUAAAAGAAGCAGCUAUUAUGCACACUAUUGAUCAUGAACAUAUUGUCAGGCUGUAUGGUGUAGCUUUGGAUACAAAAUCACUUAUGCUGGUAACAGAAUUAGCUCCUUUACGAUCAUUAUUGGAAUGUCUUAAGGAACCAGCUCUUAGACCUAGUUUUGGUGUACUGUCAUUAUGUGAAUUUGCUCAACAAAUUUGUGAUGGAAUGCAGUAUUUAGAAAAUAAACGACUUAUUCAUAGAGAUUUAGCGGCAAGAAAUAUUUUAGUAUUUUCAAAAAAUAAGGUCAAAAUAAGUGAUUUUGGCUUAUCUAGAGCACUGGGAGUUGGAAAAGAUUAUUACCAAACUAAUUUUAAUGUAAAUUUGAAGCUUCCUAUUGCUUGUUAUAUACAGAUUUUAGAAGCAAUUGAUGAACCAAACUUUCAAAGAUUGGAACAACCAGAUUGUUGUCCUAAGGAAUAUUAUUCACUAAUGAGAAAAUGCUGGCAACAUGAUCCAAGCAAAAGACCAAAGUUUUCCGAAAUUGCACCAAUUCUACCAGAGUACAAACCAGAGCAAGUUCAAGCAAUUAAAGAUAGCUGUGAUGUAUUAAAUGGUUCAAAAGCAAAGAAAGAUUCUCUUCAAUAUAAAGUUGGAGAAAUAAUUACAGUAUUAGAUAAAAAACCAAUUUCAGAAAAUUCUAGUUCUAAUUUCUGGAAAGGAGUGACCAACAAUGGUAAAACAGGUCUCUUUAAUCCUGCUAAUACAGUAACGUAUCUUGGACGGAAUUUACCAACAAAUCAUGCCACAUUUUCAAGAGCAGAAAGCAAAUCUGGAUUAUAUUCAAGUCGAAGAAGAUUAUGUAGGGAUAUGAUUUCAAGACCUCAAGGUGAUUUCAAGCAUACUGGCCAUGUAGGUUUAGAUGGGGCAUUUUUUGGAGAUAUAUCAUUUUUGGGUGAAAAGUAUCAUCAACUCCCUAAACAAGUUGUUACACCAUAUAAACCCCAAGAUGAUAAAGAGAAAAGCAACCUCAGUCUAAAUAAGAUUCCAUCAAUAGAAAAAUUUCCAUUAUUUAAUAGAUCUGCUUCAAUGAAAAUUGUCAGUUCAAAUACAUGGUCAGCUCCCAGUCAUGAUUCUGAUAUUUACAAAGAUAAAACUGGNUUUUUUUUGUUAAAUUUCUGUUAUGCAGGAUGUUUUAUUUUGCCUUCUGCAUGUCAUAAUUCUUUUAGACCAAUUUCAGAAAAUUCUAGUUCUAAUUUCUGGAAAGGAGUGACCAACAAUGGUAAAACAGGUCUCUUUAAUCCUGCUAAUACAGUAACGUAUCUUGGACGGAAUUUACCAACAAAUCAUGCCACAUUUUCAAGAGCAGAAAGCAAAUCUGGAUUAUAUUCAAGUCGAAGAAGAUUAUGUAGGGAUAUGAUUUCAAGACCUCAAGGUGAUUUCAAGCAUACUGGCCAUGUAGGUUUAGAUGGGGCAUUUUUUGGAGAUAUAUCAUUUUUGGGUGAAAAGUAUCAUCAACUCCCUAAACAAGUUGUUACACCAUAUAAACCCCAAGAUGAUAAAGAGAAAAGCAACCUCAGUCUAAAUAAGAUUCCAUCAAUAGAAAAAUUUCCAUUAUUUAAUAGAUCUGCUUCAAUGAAAAUUGUCAGUUCAAAUACAUGGUCAGCUCCCAGUCAUGAUUCUGAUAUUUACAAAGAUAAAACUGGAAUGGAAUUGAACUCUGAAGUUGAUCAGAAAACUGAAAAUGAAGAUAAUGAAUUCAAUUUGGAAUUUACGUCUUUUGAUCUUGGUCCAUCUCUUAUGGAAGAAGUUUUUAAGGCAUUAGGAAAGUCUUCUGUUACUGAAAAAACCUUAGUCAAAGAUGAUGAUGAUGAUGAUUUAAAUGUAACAGACAAAUUGAAUGAAUUAUUAGAAAAUGAUGUAAUAAAAGAAAUUCCAGAUGAGCAAGAAUUAGAAGAACCUAGUUUAAUAUUAUCAAAUGAAGAAAUAACUCCAAAAGAGGAAAUAGCAGAAAAUAUUAAUAUAAAUUCUGAUGAAAUUGAAAAUGACAAAUCAACAAAUUCUUUACCAGAAGAAUAUCAACAAAUAGAUCAGCAAUCACUUUGUGAAACAGAAUCAGAAAAUUUAGAAAAUAGUGAAGAUAAGAAAGAAAAUUCAUUUGAAGAAAUUCAAGAAACAUCUGUUCCUUUAGAUCCACAAACUAAUUUUAAAGUUGAAAGUAAUAAUAGUUCUGACUUACCAAGUGAGAGGACUAAUGGUUCAGUUUCUAUUUCAUUACCUAUUGCAACUUCGUCUACUUAUAAUGAAGGGAAAAUUUCAACAGACAGUCAAAAAGAGAAACCACCUGUUUUAUCUGAUUCAGUUGAUGAAAUAGAAUCUAAUGAUACUAAUCCGUUACGAAUGCUCAGAAGUGGGAUGCCAGUCAGACCAAAAGUUCGUGGAAAUAAACAUAGUCUACAAGGAAACAAUCGAAUCCCAAAUCAUCAUAACAGUUGUACAAAUUCUCAUUCUGUACCUGUUUAUCAGGUAGGUGGACGAACGACUUUAGGCGAACCACCACCACCACCAUCACUAUCACAAUCUCAAGCAAAAGAAAAACAUCCUAUAAAGGAUAAAGUGUUUUUUCAUUCGCAGGAAUCUGUUCCCUCAGGUGAAAUGUCUCCUGAUAGUAAUAAAACAUCAUUUCUCUCAUUUAAUCCUCUUCCUCUUCCUCCAAGGGAUCGUUCAAAACCCUUUCCUCUACUAAAACACCACCAACGUAAACACCCCUUAAUUUUACCAGGACAAACAAAUCUUUCUAUACCAUCAUCUCCUUUAGUGAAACAAACUUCUUGUCCAGAUGUUAUGUCAUGUAGUGCUGGAGGUUAUGGAGAAAUACUUCAGAAUCGUGCUGCUAGUGAUGAUGGCAUGGCAAUCAAAUUAUCUGAUUUUAACACAUCAAAUUUGUCAAAAUCAGAUCAGUCUUGUCCCAGAUUUACUACAUUUGGCCAUGGUACUAGUAAUAAAAGCAGAUUAAAAGUACCACCUCCAAAACCUUCCAGAGUGUAUAAUAAAGAUGAUACACAUGAAACUCAAAUUGAAUCAGAAAUAGAUAAUUUGGAUAAUAUACCAGAGGAAGAAAAUUGUUCAUCUUUAUCAAAAAAUAACUUUAAUUCUCAGGAUAUUUUAACAAAACAGAAAAAUAUAAGUCAAAGAAUUCAGCAUUCAGAUAAAAAUUUGGAUGCAAAAGAAGUUCAUAUCAUACAAAGAAUAUUAAAAGAUGAACAGGUAACAUCGGAAGAAUGUGUCGUUGCCUUAAACGAGACCAAUUGGGAUGUACAAAAAGCAAUCAAAUAUCUCCGUCUGCAGUGCAUUCUUAGUUCGUAUUUAAUAACUGUGGAAAACAGCAAGCAAAUUCUCAUCCGCUGCAAUUGGGACGUUCAACAAGCCGCAAAUUAUUUAUUGGCAACACACAGUACCUCAGAGGAUACUACUGAAGUUUAGUUCAAAGUGAAAAAAUGUACAAGCUAUUAUCUAUUUUGUACUUUUUUAAAAUGUCUCAUCAAAUCGUAAAGCCAUACGAAUAGUUUUUCUAUUUACAAUAUCAAAUAUUUCAUUUGUUAUACUUAAAAUAAUAUUUUUCUUUACAAGAAAUAUAUAUUUUUUAUCACAGAUGAUGUGAAGUCUUCCUUUAUACAAGUACUAUGCAUUUUUAUACUCAAAUUUUCCAAAGGAAAGCAUUUGAAAAAAAUGUACAUUUUUUUAAUGCACAAAAUUAAGUUUUGCUGAAGUAGUGUAGCAAUCUCAUUGUUGUAAUGUCUAUAAAUUACCUAAUAUUAUAUAAUUGUUAAUAAUAUUGAUGUGCAGAUGUGUGUUUCUAUACCAUACAUUGUAUUAAUAUCAUUUACUAGUCAUAUUGUAUGUUUUUAAAACCUCAUUUCAUGUAUAAAUUAAAAAUGGAACUUGUAUUUCACGAAACCAAAUAUACAUCUUUUUGUUGUAAAGAUGUUGAUCAAUUUAAGAAUCCAUACUUUUUAAUUAUUGUUAAUUUUCGGAAUCAUUUAAAGUAAGAAAUGUGUGCUAAAAUUGCGUAUAUACGUACGUAUAUGCAAUGUACAGCAGUUGUAAACAAAAAAAAUGUAUUGAAAAAUUAAAUGUAAUGUUAAGUAAUAAUAAUGCGUGAGCUAUGAAUAUCAAUUCUUAUAUUUUAAAAAUUUAAAAUUUUCUA